AGUUUCGUCGAUACUUUGACCACGACGUACCGGUAAUGGAAGGAAAUGACUCCCUAGCUGCAGAUCUCAGCGGGACAGACCUGUCGAGCCUGUUUCCGUUAAUCGAUAGAGAGAACGUACACGGGCUCAACCUGGCAACACCAGAGCAAGCCAAAGCGAUUAUCAAGCCAUGGAGUGAGCGUGAGGAUACCACUGUAUAUGCAGAUUCGGGUGUAGACGACCAAAUGAUCAUACAUGUGCCCUUCGCACAGAACGUGCGCGUUAAGUCUAUUAUACUCAAAUUAGGCAGAGGUGAAACUACACCCCGCCACCUCAGGGUCUACGCGAAUUACCCCAAUAUCAUCGAUUUCAGCGACGCUGAAAGUACAAAACCACAUUUAAACAUUAGUCUCUUGGAGGGUGAAACGGCAGUGGUUGAAUAUCCCCUGAAAGUUGCAGCGUUUUCCAGCGUUCAUUCAUUAAGCUUGUACUUUCGUGAGUCGGUUGGAGGAGAGCUUUCUCGUGUUUACUACCUUGGAUUUAAAGGGGAUGUGCGGACUCUGCGGAAAGAGGGAACAAAUAAGUUACAGGUGGCUGCUGCGGAUGCGGCUGAUGCACCCCUUGUAGAUCGUCUUGCACAGAAGACAGGAGGGCAGCAGACUACUGCACGGUGAUGUACUUUGCCUGCCUUGUGCUUGUAUGAUAUACAUUUGAUGACUAACCGGAAGUUUUGGUCACCAGCCAACCGAAUCCCUGAACGCAUUCGGUGACGGCCGUUAGCCUCUGGGAAGUGUAGUCUUGCCGAAGUUGUCGUAUAUGCUAAGUGUGGAGGACACCAGGCUGUGACGAACAGCCUGUAUGACAAAUUAAGGCAAACUAUUUUCCUGAACUUGAAUUCACUUCAUCAUGUGUAGUGUGAUGCAUGUCAUAUCUCGUCAAACCUGUCAAGUGGCAGCGAGCCACAGACGAGAACAAGAUCUUUGCUGAUAUCAUACAGGCCAGCCGCAGGAUGAUGACAAUUGACAUCAUCAGUAAAUUCUAGACUGGCGACCAGCCCCUCUAUG